UCGAGUUGCCAGUCGGACCUGGACGCAUAGGCUGCUCAUUUUCUCUAGAAAUAAUCAAGAGAUAGUUUGAAAAACUCCGGAGAAACUGACAGCCAAUACGGAAAAUCUGUCAAAGAAUAAUUUAAACAUUUGAAACCUAGGCAAUAAUUAAUUGGAGACGUAUUUUUCUUUAAGGUUUACUUUGGGAUUGUUUCAACGAUGAUGUACACAGGCUUCGGUUCAGAGUGCGACUCAACUUCCCGCUGCAGUACCGCCUCCCCGGCUGGCGAAAUGCUCACUUAUUACCCGUCUCCAGCCGGCUCGUAUUCCAGUAUGGGUUCCCCUGUCACCCAAUGUCAGGAUUUCACAGAUCUGACAGUUUCAAACACAUCUUUCAUCCCGACUGUCACGGCGAUCUCUACAAGUGCGGAUUUGCAGUGGAUGAUCCAGCCGACAAAUCUUAUUUCGUCUGUGGCCCCUUCUUAUACCAGUGCCAGCACAUACAGUGCCCAGAGAUCGACAACGUUCACAAGUGCCGGAACCAAGGGCUUGAACACUCGCAAAAGAGGCAACGGGGAGCAGCUUUCUCCUGAGGAGGAUGAUAAGAAAAGGCUUCGCAGAGAGAGGAACAAGAUGGCAGCAGCAAAAUGUCGUAACCGGAGAAGAGAACUCACUGACACUUUGCAAGCUGAAACUGAUGUGCUGGAGGAUGAGAAAUCAGCUCUGAAGACUGAAAUUGCAAAUCUCAUGAAGGAGAGGGAGAAGCUGGAGUUCAUCCUUAUGGCUCACAGGCCUGUCUGUAAGAUCCCCUCAGAUCUGGAGGCCGGCUUCCCAGAGACCUCCAUCUCCCCUGCUCACAGCAUCUCCAGUGAGCUCAGCUCCCCCAAGCUAGAGGCAUCAGUCUCACCCAGACCUUCCAUCUUCUCUGCCGACUCUGCCUUAGAGGUAAACCCAAACUCUACAGUGAAGCUGUCUGACCUGAACAACUCCCUGGAGGAGUCGCUAGACCUGCUGAGACCCCUGAGAAAGAUCACCGUGGAGACAGUGCGGUCUGUCCCCGACAUGGACUUGUCCGGCUCAUUCUGCACUCAGGACUGGGAGCCCCUCUACACACCCACCACCAAUGAUCUUGAGCCCCUCUGCACCCCAGUGGUGACAUGCACCCCUGCAUGCACAACAUACACGUCUUCCUUUGUGUUCACCUACUCAGAUGCUGAUGCUCUCCCAACCUGUGGGGUGGCUCACAGGAGAGAAAGUAGUAGCAAUGACCAGUCCUCAGAUUCCCUCAGCUCACCCACAUUGCUGGCCUUGUGAGGACAUUUCAAUGACUUUUUAGGAUGCAUGCAUUUAGCAUAAAGUAGUGCAGAUGCUGGACUAUGGAAUGGAAUACCAGAAGCUCAUCACUCUCUCCCUCAAUUGACAAGCUUAUUUGUAUGUAGCAAAAAAUGAAAAAAAAAAAAAAUGUUUAUGAAGUUCUACAUCAUGAAAAAGCAAGUUAAACCAUGCUAGGGUUCAAAUAUUUAAUUUAUUUAUUGGUGCUAGAUAUUAAAAGUUGUAUUUGUGCAGCUGACCUUAAAAUGUGUUCACAGCAAUAGAAUUAACUUGAUGUUUGUUUCUGGUUUACUGAAUGUGUAUGUUUAUUGUACAUUGUAUGGUAUUUAUAAAGGGUGUGCUUUGUCUAUUGUGUGAGUGGGGUAAAUUUGAGCACAUGAGGAAGUUUUCUGUGAAAACGCUGUGUUUAUUAUUUAUUUAUUAAAUCUGUUUCUGAUAUUUAUAUUUUCAUUUUUAUUUUUCUACUUGAAUAGCUUGAAAAAUGAAAAAACAAGCUCAUUAAUAUUGUUUGCUCAAUAUACAAAAAUAAAUAUUGGAAAAGGG